ACCACAUAAUUAUGUAUAAGUACAUUCUUCUGGUUAACCGUCGAAACUAUAAAUUUCCCUGCUCAAUUACAUACAGACCGACAUCUGGAAUUUUUCUAAGGCGAGGGGACGUCACUAGGGGAUGAAAUUGUAGGCAUUAUAGUUUAUGAUUGCUAUAAUGAUAAAUGAAUGCAUGUUAUUGCAUUUUGAAAGAAUAAACACGGCGAGUUUAAAUUUAAUAAAUAUUGGGUUAAGAAUUUCUUUGUGAUAUUAAAAUCCAGAACGCGUUGCUGACUGAAACUGGUUUAAAUAAUGAUAACGAUCAAUAAUAUUAAAUCAUAUAGAUUAACGAAGAAUAUACUGUAAUAAAUUGCAUAUCAUACAUACACACCAUAUGUGUUUAUAUUUGUUAUUGACACAAAACAAAAUUAAAUGCCCUUGCCCGAGUCGGAAAACCCAUGAAAAUGGCAUUGGAAUUUUAAUUGUUAUUUAAAGGAGAUACUCUUACAAUUGACUCAAUUUACAUAUUUCGUACGUCAUAUAUUAUAUACGGAUAUUGUUUAAACAUAAUUAAUUAUAUUAUUAUCCGUGCUAUAAAUAGGUUGUUUUUGGUAAACGUUUUUUUUUUCAUUUGUACGAUGUUACGCAUAGGCAAAACACGCAUACUAGUAUAAUAAUAAAGUAAAGGCACUGAUAUCACUUUCCUACUUUUUAUUGUAAUAGUAUAUCUAUCUGUAUAUGUUUACAUACAAGCACACACGAUGUCUAAGGAUAAUAUAAACCUGGAUCGGAUACUAGUAGAAGAAGUGGGUUGGGGAAAGUUUCAGAUCAAAGUGUUGGUGCUGUGUACUAUUGUGGCAUCGAUGGCGGGACUGCAGAUGUAUUCCUACUUGUUCACACUAACGAAGUCCAGAACAAGAUGUUUAAUUCCCGAAUGCGAGGAUACCACUGCCCCAGACGUAUUCUCUCCGCCUUGGAUCCUGGAAGCGGUGCCAAGAUCAGGCGACUCCUUCGAUAAUUGCCAUCGUUUUCCACCAAUACGAGUAAACACGUCAGUUUCUGUAUCGUGCGUGGAAACCUUGUUUGACAAGAACGCUUCGGUACAAUGCCAGGAGUAUGUUUAUGAGCAGAAAAAUUCGGCUUAUUUCGAGUUCAAUCUAGCCUGCGACGAUUUUCGACCAUAUCUAGUCGGGUCAGCCAGAAUUUUGGGCUUGAUGAUUUCUUUGCCUAUAAAAGGGUUUGUGGCUGACCGUUGGGGCCGGCGGCUGGCACUUGCCCUGACUGCCUUCAACCUGGCCUGGACUGGGACAUUGACAUGUGUUGCCGACUCCUAUACCAGCUACACUUUGUUAUCUUUUGUAGAAUAUCUUCUUGGAUCGUGUUCUUUUACGUGUGCUUAUAUUUUAGCUAUGGAAUACGCGCGAUCUAAAUAUCGAGUAGUAACUGGUGUCACCAUAAGUACUUGUGCCGCUGUGGGAGAAAUUAUUUUAGGUCUGAUAGCCUGGACAGAGCCUUAUUGGAGACAUUUGAUUCUUAUGAUCUACGUACCUCAACUAUUAUUUAUAAUUUACUUUUGGAUUGCGCCAGAAUCUAUUCGUUGGUUGAUGAGCAAAGGUCGCUAUGAUGAAUCUUUGGUCAUUUUAAAAAAAGCUGCUGAAAUGAACGGGAGUUCCAUAUCAGAAAAUACUAUGAAAUUAUUCUCGGAGACUAAAAAAGACAUUCUUGAAAAGAAAGAGAAACAUUCUUCAGAACCUUGGCUAGUGUGUUUAGUUUUCAAACAUAAGCCGAUAUUACUGCGUUGUUUAGUAACACCAAUGUGGUGGAUUACGGCUAGUUUAAUGCAUUAUGGCUUAACGAUUUCUGCUGUGGGGAUAUCUGGCAACAAAUAUCUGAACUUUAUAGCUGCAGUUGCUAUCCAGAUUCCAGGUGACUGGCUGUCUGUGUUGCUAAUGGAUAGAAUUGGUAGAAAAGCUUUAGUAAUGGCAGGAUUUUGGAUAAGUGGAGCUUGUCAAAUUGCGUUCAUAUUUACAUCCAGUAGAAAUUACUGGCUGUCUUUAUCAGUUUACCUGAUCGGCAAGAUGUGCAUCUCGUGCGUCGCGACAUCACUCUAUGUGUACACCGCCGAGAUGUAUCCAACGCGGUAUCGGGCCAGCUUUCUCGCUUACUCCUCCCUGAUGGGAAAAGUUGGAAGCAUCGUGGCGCCGCUUAUGCCUGGCUUAGGUGCCCAUACGUGGGAACAUCUCCCAUUCCUGAUUUUCGGUGUGAUGGCACUGGUUUCCGGGCUGCUGGUGCUGCUGGCUCCGGAGACCCUGGGCGCCACUCUGCCCGACACCAUGGAACAGGCAUCCCAGCUCGGGAAGGAUUCGUCCGUCCUGCGGUGCUUGAGGACGCUUGUGUUUAGAAGUAAAGUUUAUUCGAUAAGUUGA